AUGGCGACACCACCCCCGCAUCGACUGUAUCAACCUUCUUCGCCCACACUGUCGUUUCGCGCCGCUCGAUCAUCUCCCAGCGACAGAGAUGAAGAGACGACGGAUCUAUACGAGAAGCUUACGGAGCGCGAUAGUACGAUAGACGAGCUUCAGCAGGAGCUUCGUUCUUCGCGUAAGCGGGAAUCAUCGCUUGCCAGAAGGACGGAGGCACGGGAAGAAUACAUCGAGAGGCUGCAUCAAUCACAAAAGCAGAUUGGGGAGGAGUCAAGAACGGCUGCUGAGAAGCUGUCGCGGGAGCAGCAGUCAAACAGCCUGUUACGGGCCGAGCACCACCGGAAUGCGGGACUGUUAGAGAGUUUGACGGAUGAAGUGAGCAGGCUCCGAUCGAGACCGAGGUGCGGCGUGGACGAGAAGACAUUGCAAGAAGAUCGUGGUACUCAGACCGUCAAUGGGCAUGAGGUAUUGCAAAGCAACGAGGAGUCCGAUCACAAUGGAGGGAGGAGCGCGUCCCGGGGGAGAAGUCGAAAGAAGAGCCGGAAGAUGCCAGCGCAGAGAGCGAACUGGAAACCAGGCGGAAUGGACAGUCUCCGAGACACCAGCAUGUCGUCUCAAGAAUCAGCUAUCAGUGUGGACAGCACCCAAUUGGAGGACAUUCGUUUCGCGGCCUCCGGUAUCACGCCUCCGAAACGCAGCCCAGCCGCAUUGUGUGAAACGGAAUCCAAAAGUGCCUAUAUCCACACAGAAGCUUGUCUCGGUGAUAUCUCCAACCAUACGAAAGAAUAUAGAGAGGAUGUCUCGCAGCCAUUUUGCCUCGGCCAUCUGGCGAACCUUCUGAUAGGACUGGUCAUCACCUGGGCUCUGGCUUCGCUACUGGUUUGCUUUCCAGUACAUCUUAUUCAAGCCCGUCCUCUUCCAGUGCAGACUAUACUCCAUCCGUACCACCAGCUCACGCGGUGUCGGGCAAUUGAGGCAAUGUGUCAGCUCUUCCCAAACCCGAAAUCGCAGGCCUUCUACGCUGUUGCGGUUCAUUCCUGGGAGGCAUCCAACGACUCCUCGAGCUUCUGCCCCUACCCGCCAGUCUGCAGCACGCCGCCCGAUUACUUGGCCGAAAUGGACCCUGGGCUGGAGGCCUUGCGCCACAGAGAGCAGAGACGAUGGCAUUCAGACGUGGCGACCAGUCUGGAAGAGCUCUUCUUCCUCAUCCACGUCUUGGGGCUCAAUGUGGUACAGCAGCACGAACACGAGACAACGCCGCUGUUGUUCCUCUGGUACGACGCUCUCUUAUUCAGGAACGCACGAUGUAGGUCCCAGUCCAGCUCGAGAAGGCAGCGCAAAUGUCUGGAGCACUUCGACAGCGUCGUGGAGGCAGUUGGUGGCUCGCGGUAUCUUGAAGCGGAGGAGGCUGUCAACGGAAGAGACUUGUUGGGAGAUCUGUUACGCCUUUGCCAGAUAAGUGUGUAA